UCCUCUUCUCUCUCUCUCUCUCUCUCUCUCUGCAAUGUACACUUUUUUUCCUUGGCCACAAAGUCUUCCUUUCUUCACCACCACCCCCUAAUGCACAUUUUCUCUUUUUCUCACCUAAAUCUAACUUCUGCACAGGAACCUCACCUGUUUCACCAAUGGCGGAUUCAAGUCCUUACACCAAGACCCACUUCCCAUUUUCAGAGCCUAACACAACAAACCCCAAAUGCAAAGGUAUGUCCUUUACAAAUUUUUUCUCCAAAGCUCUAUUCUUUGCAAUCUUCCUCCUUGUUCUCCCACUUUUCCCUUCACAAGCUCCUGACUUUAUCAACCAAACCAUUCUCACCAAGUUCUGGGAGCUUAUUCACCUCCUCUUUAUAGGCAUUGCUGUGUCCUAUGGUUUGUUCAGUAGAAGAAAUGCCCAAAUGGGCAUGGAAGAAACUCACUCAAAUUUCGAUAAUUCAGUGUCUUAUGUGUCUAGGAUGUUGAAUGUCACAUCGAUUUUCGAAGAUGGGUUCGAAAAUCCAUGUGGGUCUGAUGAGAAGAGAGUGAUUUUCGAUAGUGAGCAUAUGGGUUUGCCUGUGUGCUCUAAUGGUAACACUGUUGUUGAGGAACAGUGUAAACCCCAUUUUGCAAUGUAUAAGAAUGGAUUUGAAAAUCCAUAUGGGUGUGAUCAGAGCAAUGUGGUACAAGCUUGGAAUUCUCAGUAUUUUCAAGGUGAAUCUGUGGCUGUAGUGGCUCAGCCAAGCUAUGGUCUUGAUGAAUGUGUUAAACCCGGAUCGUUUAUCGAUUAUAAGCCUCUGGGAUUACCAGUUAGGAGUUUAAAGUCUAAGGUGAGAAAGAGGGAUGGUGCUGAGUUUACUAGUGGGAGUGAAUCUAGCUCAGGUUCAAGGGGUUCAUCUACAUCUAGGAGUUCUGAUAGUAGAAGAAGAGGAGGGAAUUUUGGGGAUUUGGGUCCUAUGAAAUUGGAGCAGGAGUUUGAUGAAGCUGCAGCAGCAGCAGCUGCUGCUGUGGCUUCCUCAAUUCCGUGGCGCUCGAGAUCUAUGAGGAAUGAAAUGAGAAAUAGAGUGGGGAAUGGUAAUCGCUCUGCGCAUUUUAGGCCUCAUUCUGUUGAUGAAACUCAAUUUGAGUCAUUCAAAUCACAGUCCUUCACGUCGACAGCAUCUUUCUCAUCCCAUGCUAGUUCAGUCUCUUCCUCACAGUCUAUUUCCUCAGAGUCACAAAACUCGAGUACAGAAGCAUUGGGAAAACAGAAGAGUAGUCAAGGAGCUUUUUUGGAGGCUUCACUAUCACCAAGAAUACCAAAGAAUGACAAGGGUUCAUUGAAUGUAUUGCAUUCCCGGCAUUAUAGUAUCGGUUCUGCAUCUGGAAGAGAUGUUUCGAGAAGCUCUGAAGAUGAGUUGAAGGAAUGGAGUAGGAGUAGAAGAGAGGAUCCACGGGAUAGCAUCGGUUCUGCAUCUGACAGAGAUGUUUCAAGAAGCUCUAAGGAUGAUUUAAAGGAAUGGAGUAGGAGUAGAAGAGAGGAUCCACGGGAUAGCAUCAGUUCUGCAUCUGACAGAGAUAUUUCGAGAAGCCCUAAAGAUGAGUUAAAGGAAUGGAGUAGGAGUAGAAGGGAGGAUCCACGGGAUAGCAAAGAGUCCAGUCCGGAUUCUUCGAAAUUGAACAUGAGCCCAACAAGCCUCACAAAAGCUCCCUCAAGGGGAAAAUCAGUUAGAACAAUUAGGGCUAGUAGACUGCCUGCAGGGGCAAUGAAAAAUGGAGAGAUUUGUCAAAAUCAAAUUGACCAUAAGGAUGAAAAGAGACGUGAAAAUUUGGAGGAAGCAUAUAUGAGGAAAGAUAAAGCAAAAGUUGCAGUCGAAAGUCUGAUGAUUGGCACUAGUAAACAAAAUCUUGAUAAUCCCUACCCUAUGCCAAAUGGAACAAAUGCAAAGUAUCACAAGAAGGGGGAAUUUUCUGAGAAUGCUGCUCUAGGGUCUGAUCAAGACUCAGAGAGUGAGGCUGAAAGCUUUCUAGUAAGCUCUGAAGAAGAUGCUGUGCCUGGCUCUGUUGCUGAUGCAGGACCAUACUCUGAUGAGGUAGAUAAGAAAGCUGGUGAGUUUAUAGCUAAGUUUAGGGAGCAGAUUAGACUUCAGAAGAUGGCAUCGAUUGGAAGAUCAAGAGGGGUAGGCAUGAGCGGAAACCAUUUUAGAUGAUAUAUAAGCUUAUGCUGUUAUAUAUAUAUAUAUAUAUAUAUUUCUAACAAGAUGGUCACGAUCAUAUGAAGUUGAUGAUUCUUCAUCUAAUCUUCUUUUUAUCAUGGUCUUUGGGUAAUAUAUGCUUUUUUGUUGGAUUACACUUGGGUACUCAUGAAUUUACAAUUUAAUUAUGUAAUAGAGGUUCAAUAUCCUUAAAUCCAGAAACUUUUCAUGGGACGAAUUGUUGUAAUUCUUUCAUUUUCAUAAUAGAAUUGUCAUGCCUUUAAAUCA